AUGGACCCCAUUGUGAUUUUUCUUGUUCUGUUGAACGUUGUGCCAGGCACUUUCUCUGGUCCUCAGCUGGCCCAGUCUGGCCCAGCCAUGGUGAAGCCGGGAGGGUCGUUCAGACUGACCUGCACUGUCUCCGGGUUCCGAGUCAGCGAUCAUUACUGGAAUUGGGUCCGGAAGCAUCCAGGGAGACGCCUGGUAUGGCUGGGAUUCAUUCGGAAUAAUGCGAGACAAGGAACCACCCAGUACAAUCCCGCAUUCAGCAGCCGGAUCAGCAUCUCCAGGGACACCUCCAGGAACGAGGCUUACCUCCAGCUGAGCUCCCUGACAGCUGCAGACUCUGCAACUUAUUACUGUGUGAAAGAACCACAGAGAGACGAAGCAAUGGAGCGUCCAGACUGUGACUACUAUGCUUUCGAUUACUGGGGCCCAGGAACCCUGGUGACAGUAAGCUCUGGACAAAAAACAGCUCCUUCUGUCUUCCCUCUGGUCCCCUGUUGUGGCUUCACCCCCGGCGAACACCAGGAAAGUGUGACCUUUGCCUGCCUGGCUACUGGGUAUUUUCCAGGCAGUGCGGAAAUCACAUGGGAACCUCUGGUGGCAAGCGGAAUAAAGACAUUCCCAGAAGUGCACCCAGCUGCAAACAAUGGACAGUUCAGCAGUAGCAGUCAGUUCACAGUGCCUUCUGCGGACUUUGAAAAGAACUCUUAUACCUGCAUUGUAAAACACACUGCUAUUACAAAGCAAGGGGGUGAACGAAAGCGCAUCGAAAGGAGGGAUUGUGUUGAAAAAAAGCCCAUUCAAGUUCGCUUAUUAUCCCCUGACUGCGAUGCGGACACGGAGAUCAAUCUGGAGAUUGUAUGCAUCCUUUUGGGUUCUGGCCCUGGGCAAGCCGAAGUGGAAUGGCUGAUCAAUGGAGUUGUGAAGCAAAGGAAAGUGAAGGUGACCCUCAGUGGAAAACAAGGCAACAGUUACUCCAGCUACAUCACACAAAACAUCACCAAAAAGAGUUGGGACAAAGGGGACCAGUACACAUGCCAAGUGACUCUCCUGCCAGACACCCAGAAAAUUGGGUACAACACCAGCAAAUGCAAAGCCUGUUACAAAUCAAUGCAAGCCCCGACCGUCUCCAUCACCAAACCAUCCUACAGAGAUCUGGUUGAAGGGACAGCCACCGUCACCUGCCUCGUGGAGGCCUCCUUCCUGGAAAAUAUCCAAAUCACCUGGAAUGUAAAUGGCAGCCCUAGCACCAGUCCUCAGGCUGAAAUUGUGAAGACGGAUAACAGCGGGGGCAAAAACGCAAAAAGUAGCCACCCAGUGUCACUCGAGCAAUGGAAAGGAGGAACCACAUUCCAGUGCAAAGUAGCCACCAUGUGCUCAGAAGAAGAAAUCACCAAAGAUGUCACAAUCAAACAGGAUACAAAUAUACAAACCAUCAAGCCUAUUGUCACCAUCUCCCAAGUCUAUCGUGAAGUGUCUUCCAACAGCACCAUUGCUCAGAUUCUUGUGUGUGAUGUGAGCGGGUUUUUCCCAAUGGAAAUCAGCAUCUCAUGGAAGAAGAAUGGCGUACUACUGGACUCAUCACUGUAUGACAAUGGGCCUGUACUGCCAUCUGGGAAUGCCUACACCACUUACAGCAUCCUGAAGAUUGGUAGGAACGAAGUAGGGGAUGGGAAAGACAGCUAUGCCAACAGCUACAUCUGUGUGGUCCACCAUUCCUCCUCUCCCAAGCCAAUCACUGCUGAUGAAAUAGUAUCCUCUGAUUUUCUGGAGCCAGCUUCCCCUCAAGUUAUGGCAUUCCACAUCUCUGAGAAAGAGGCAAAGCAUAAACUCAUCUGCCUUGCUACUGGUUUCCAUCCCAAAAAUAUAGACAUUCAGUGGAGUGUUCCAGGAAUGGACCUCAACUGUAGUUCUGACUCUUCAGCUCUGGUGGCCCUCAGCGAUGGGAAGUAUCAGAAGAGCUGCAACCUGGCACUCAGUGAAGAAGAAUGGAGAGAGCCCAAAACAUACACCUGCACUGUCAAUCACAGCUCAACCAACACUUCAAUUAAGAAGAUCUUAUAUUCUUCUGGAACGGUCUCAACUCCCACCAACACAACAGUUAUAUCCAUGCAACCCCCGCCCCUUGAAGAUCUCUUUAUAAACAACAGUGCAGCUCUAACAUGCCUAGCACCUCUAGCCGAUACCAUGAUGAACUGGACAGUCAGUUGGCUUAUGGAUGGACAACCUGCCCAUGCACAAGCUGUGAUCACAGAAGUCUGGAACGAAACCACCGACACUGCCUGGAUCCAUAGCCAGUUGGUGGUGAACCUUACUGAAUGGAAAGCCACCACAAAGUUCACCUGUGGCAUUUCGACUGGAUUAGGAGAAGUCAAGCAGCUCUACCAGCGAAGGAAUGGCACCAUGAAGCCCCCGAAAGUCUACCUCCAACAGCAGUCCUCCAAAGAAGACCAAAAUGUAACCUUACUCUGUGUAGCCACAGAUUUCUACCCAGGGGAAGUUUUUGUGAAAUGGCAGGAGGAGAACACAGAGGUGUCACUGAAGGGCCAUGACGCCCACGACUUGAAAUGUGACCAUGAAAGAGAGAGAUGCUCUUUACUCAGUAUCCUCGAAGUCCCCAGAAGCCAAUGGAUGAUGGGAGUCUCCUACACGUGUCUUGUAGCUCACGUCUCUUCUGCAAACAUCAUAAUUAGAAGAGCCAAUUCUCAUUCUGAUUCCUGGGGCUCUGCUUUCACAAGUGCAGAAAUCUGCGGCAUCUGCAACGAAACAGAAGAGGAAUACAGUGAACUAACAGAGAUUGACGGUGCCUGGAACAGGGUCUCCACUUACCUUAUCCUCUUUCUUCUUGCACUCUUCUACGGGGGCCUUGUCACUUUCUUCAAGGUAAAAAGGAAAAGACAAAAAACAGCUCCUUCAGUCUUCCCUUUGGUCCCCUGUUGUGGCUCCACCCCCGGCGAACACCAGGAAAGUGUGACCUUUGCCUGCCUGGCUACUGGGUAUUUUCCAGGCAGUGCGGAAAUCACAUGGGAACCUCUGGUGGCAAGCGGAAUAAAGACAUUCCCAGAAGUGCACCCAGCUGCAAACAAUGGACAGUUCAGCAGUAGCAGUCAGUUCACAGUGCCUUCUGCGGACUUUGAAAAGAACUCCUAUACCUGCAUCGUAAAACACACUGCUAUUACAAAGCAAGGGGGUGAACGAAAGCGCAUCGAAAGGAGGGAUUGUGUGGAAAUAAAGCCCAUUCAAGUUCGCCUGUUAACCCCUGACUGCGAUGCGGAGAACACAGAGACCAGUCUGGAGAUCGUAUGCAUCCUUUUGAGUUCUGGCCCUGGGCAAGCCGACGUGGAGUGGCUGAUCAAUGGAGUUGUGGAGCAAACGAAAGUGAAGGUGACCCUCGGUGGAAAAGAAGGCAAUGGCUACUCCAGCUCCGUAGCACAAAACAUCACCAAAAAGAGCUGGGACAAAGGGGACCAGUAUACAUGCCGAGUGACGCACCCGCCAGACACCCAGGACAUUAAAAUGUACAACACCAGCAAAUGCAAAGCCUGUUACAAAUCAAUGCAAACCCCGACCGUCUCCAUCACCAAACCAUCCUACAGAGAUCUGGUUGAAGGGACAGCCACCGUCACCUGCCUCGUGGAGGCCUCCUUCCUGGAAAAUAUCCAAAUCACCUGGAAUGUAAACGGCAGCCCUAGCACCAAUCCUCCGGCUGAAAUUGUGAAGACGGAUAACGGCGGGCGCAAAAACGCAAAAAGUAGCCACCCAGUAUCACUCGAGCAAUGGAAAGGGGGAACCACAUUCCAGUGCAAAGUAGCCACCAUGUGCUCAGAAGAAGAAAUCACCAAAGAUGUCACAAUCAAACAGGAUACAAAUAUACCAACCAUCAAGCCUAUCGUCACCAUCACCCAAGUCUAUCGUGAAGUGUCUUCCAACAGCACCAUUGCUCAGAUUCUUAAUGGCGUACUACUGGACUCAUCACUGUAUGACAAUGGGCCUGUACUGCCAUCUGGGAAUGCCUACACCACUUACAGCAUCCUGAAGAUUGGUAGGAACGAAGUAGGGGAUGGGAAAGACAGCUAUGCCAGUGUGAUCUAUCAUUCCUCUUCUCUUGAGCCCAUGAUUAAGGCUGAAACAUCUUCUGUGGGUGAAUGUUCUGGAACGCCAGCCAAAGUGGAGGCCAUCCCCCCCUCCUUCUCUGAUAUUUACCUGACCAAGUCAGUCAAGCUCACUUGCAGAAUCUCCAACAUACCCAGUGGUCAGAAGAAUCUUGAAGAAUUGAAUGUCACCUGGACACGAGAACGUGACAAUAAACAGCUGGAAACUAAAAUCGGAGAGGCCAAGGAGCAAGAAAACAGUGACCUGGUAUUUGUUGAUGCAACAGCUGCUGUUAACCCAGAAGAGUGGGAGAGGAACUAUACCUUCACAUGCAAAGUUACUUUUCCAACCUUUCUUCCAACCACAACAAUAAAGACCCUGAGGCGGCUUAAUGGUGGGACUCCCCGCGCUCCCGCUGUCUACGUCCUCCCCCCGCCCUCGGAACAACUGGCUUUGCGGGAAACUGCUACCGUCACUUGCCUGAUGAAAGGUUUCUACCCCAACGACUUCUUUGUGAAAUGGCUGCGGAACGAUGAGCCGGUGGGAGCUUCAGACUACUUCACCAGCAAGCCCGUCCAGGAAUCCAGGACCCCCGAGCGGUACUUCACCUACAGCACGUUGACCAUCGAAGAGCAGGACUGGAGUUACGGAGCCACUUACACUUGCGUGGUGGGACAUGAGGCGCUCCCCCUCCAGACAACUCAGAAGACCAUAGACAAGAACAUGGGUAAACCCACCCUUGUCAACGUCUCCCUCGUGCUCUCCGAAACCGCCAACACUUGCUACUAUUCCAAGGACUGUAAUGUCAUGGGUGCGGACAUCUGUGUCAUCUGCAAUGGAACUGAAGAUGUGUACUGGGAACUAACAGAGAUGGAAGGUGCCUGCUACAGGGUCUCCACUUACCUGGUCCUGUUUCUUCUUUCACUCUCCUAUGCGGGCCUUGUCACUUUAUUCAAACAAACCAGCAGUUUGCCUCAUUAA